AUAUAUUCAUAUAUCUAAUUAACAAAAAAAAACUUUUUAUAAAUUUAUAAAAAAUAAGUAAUUUACAAAGCGAUUUCAAAAAACUUAUAUCAAAAGGAGUUAAAGUAUAAAAUGAAGAAAUAAAUUUAAGAAGAAGAGGAUUGGAAAUAGAUGAUGACUUAGCAAUAGGAGUAUAAUAGAUAAAUUAUGGAAGAAGAGAAAAUAUUAGAGAAAGCUAAAAAAGACUUACUAAUAUAACAAUAUCAGCAGUUUUAACAAGAAAAUCAAAAAAAAAUUUAGGAUAACGUUUCGAAAAGAAUUUAAGAACAAACUGAGAUGGAUUAAAAGAUACAACAAUUUCGCUAAGACGAGUAAAGUAGACAAAAUUUUUAGAAAGAAUUAAGAUCUUUUCUAUCUAACAACUACAAGGACUAGAUUGCAAAUAAAAAAUAGGCUGAUGAAUAAUUCAAAAAAGAUAAAAUUUAAGAAGAACAACUUAAUAUCCAAAGGGCAUAAUAAUCUUUGUAAUAAGAGUAAUAAUUAAAAUUUUAGUAGAGAUAGCAAGCUAAAUAAGAAAUGUUAAAUUUCUACAACAACAAGAAAAAGCUAUAAACUGAGUAAAUAGCUGAUAGAAAUCAGCAAAGGGAAGAAUAUCGAUAAAUGAUUUAGUAACAGGCUUAAAUAUAGUAAAUUAAAGAAGAUAACUACCGCAAAUAUUAUCAAUAGUUUGACUAAUUCUAAUCAAAUGUAGCUAAGAAUUUCAUACCGUUUGACCAUAACAAAGAAAAAAGAAUACAAGAUAUGAUUGAUAAAGGUAUUUAGUAAGACUAGCAAAGGUAAUUGAGGGAAGAAGAAAACAGAAAGCAAAAUUAAAUAAGUAGAAGAGUAGACUUAAAAACAGGUCUACAAGAAUAGCUAGCAUAAAAAGAAAAAAAUGGAUAUUAGAAAAAAGGAUAUCUUUAUAAUUAAGAAGAUAUCUUAUCAAAAAGUUUAGAGCAAAGAUCUCCUGCUUAAUACUAAUCUUUGCAGCCAUCUUAACAACAACUAGGAUACUAAAAUUAAACUGAAAAUAAAGUUGUUAAAACUGAAAACUUUUCUUAAAGAAAUCAAAGCCCAAUCAAUGCACAAUCACCGAUUAUUCCACCCUAAAAACAACAAAUAAACAGAUAUGAAACUCCAAGUUACUUGUAACAAUCUAAAAGUGCUACUUCUCUUGUUCAUAAUCCUCUCCUAAAUCCUAUCCCAAAUAACAUCCAAAAUCCAUAUUUAUUAAAAUAAUUAGGAGGUGUUACUAGUUUAUAAAAAUUAACAGCUGGAAGGGUGAAUUAUGCGAAUUUAGCUUCCUCAAAUAUUAUGACACCAAAAGCUAAUUAAAUUUUUUGA